AUGCCUGUUUACCCUUUUGAUCUUUAUGUUUUUCUACAUUUGGUAUAUUGUGCUAAUUUUCCUUCGCUCCUUUUUGGGAACAAAUGGUGUAUGUUUUGCUUAACAAGAAAGAGAAAUAUAAAUGACUUGAAGCAUCAGGUUCCAGCUUAUUGGAUUUUCAUUUAUGGUUACUCUCUUUCUAUUGAUGAAUCAAGUAUGACUGGCAAGAGUCACACUGUUGAUUUAAUGGCUGGGUGCAAGGUGGCUGAUGGCUGUAGUACUAUGAUGGCUUAUAUUUGUGGGAAGAAAAAUGAUCCACCAAAUGACACGUCAGCAUUACCUCCAAAGAUUGUAUCUCUUCUUGUUGAAAGUGUAGCUCACAAUACAACUAGUAGCGUAUUUUCCCCUGAGCUUGGAAUGAAUUUUGAUGUCGUGAGGUCAGAGUGUUCAGUUAUUUAUGCAUCCCCAUUCAACUCAGAGAAAAAACAAGGCGGUGUUGCAGUCAAACGGAUAAUUGUAUGGAAGCAGUCUCUCCACCUUCUCCUUUCCGAAAAUAGUUUGUGUUUUAUGUAUUUUGUUAUUUGGAUUAGGAGGAUUUGUUUUUCUAGUUUGACUCAUGUUAAUAAAAUAACAUUUAAAUGUGAUUUAUUUUGA